CGGGAGAGGAGGGGACGCCGCCCGGGGCCCGCGGAAUCGCCGAGCGGGGCGGCUGACGUAGGCCUGACGCGGGGGGAGGGGGGCCGCGCCUCUCUGCGCAGGCGCCGAAAAGUUGGCUCCCUCCGAGUUGGCCCAAGUGGGCGGGACGGGCGGCUCCAACGCCCACCGGGCCCAUGGCGGGAAGCGGACGCCCCCUCGGCCCGCACCCGGCGGACGGGGCCCGGCUAAGAGAGGACACCCGAAAGGUGCUGGACGCCUUCCUGAAGAGGAGGCUGAGCCCGGGACAGGCGGCCCGGCGCUGCUCACGGAGCCCAGGAGAGGAGGUCCAGAAGUCCAGCCCCCCGCCUCCGGAGGAGAAGGAUCUUGGCCUCCGGAACCAAAUCCGACGCCUCCUCGGGGGUAGGAGGGACGGGGACGGAGCCCCAUCGGAGCCGGGAAGGCCCCCCGGCAGCGGCUUCUCUCUCCGCCAGCUGCUGCCCCGGCGUCCCAAUGAUUCCCAGCCGGAAUCACCAAGCCCCUCCAGGCCCGACUCCCUCCCCGUCCUCUCCUGCUACUGCCCGAAUUCUGAGGAGCCGGCCUUGCCUUGUCUCCUCCCAUCCUUCCCCACUCCCACGUCCGGGAUCCCUGCCGAGGACCCGGCUUUCUACUCCCUGGUGGCGGAGAAGCUGGAGGCGAUAGUUCAGGAGCAACUGAGGUCUCCGUUGGCCACCCUGCCCCCACCCGAGUCCUCCCCCUCAGAGAAAGAGGAGCUGCUCAGGCGACUCGUGGCUUUGCUAGAGGAGCAGGCCGACAUCAUCAACCAACAGCUCCAGGAGGACCCGGUGCUGCGCCGGGCAUUAGCGCGCAUGUCCUUCGGCUCCUUCACUCGCCUGGCGGAGCUCUUCUCCUCUCGUCACCCGCCGGGGGCUCCCUGUCCCGGGACCCCGGGACCCCCAGCGCCCCCGGAGCCCCCCGAGCCCCUGGCCCGCCUCGCCCUGGCCAUGGAGCUGACGCACCGUGUGUCCGGGCUCGGGGGGCCGGCGGCCGGGGCCCUCAUGGGGCACAGCCUGGACCAUCUGCACAGCUUUGGGCCCUGGCUGCAGCGGCGGGGGGGCUGGGAGAGCCUCGUCUCCCCCGUGGAUCUGACGCUUCCACUCGACUGAGGAUUUGGUCGCUCGGGCCCGUCCACCCCCUGAGGCCGCCCGAGGCCCAGGGACGGCGCGCCUCUAAUACAGUCGGUCGUCUUGAUGGAAGCAGCGUGGCGCAGUGGCGAGAGCCCGGCCUUAGGAGUCAGAGGUCGUGGGUUCCA